AUGGGUGGAGACAUUUACCGAAAAGGGACAAGUGAAUUCAAGCAAGCUAAUCAAUCGCGGGAGAUGUUCAUGAAGUUCACCCUUUGGACGUGUGACGUUGGAGGAUUUUCUGCAAAUUUGGUCGAAGUUGUCACAACAUGUGACAAAGGAAGGAGCUUGUUGCCGACAAGCCAAAUUGACCUGAGUCUUCACAAAGCAAGGGCAAUAGGUAAUAUAAACAGCAAUACUUGCAUAGAUGGAGCAGAGGACAUUUAUGAAUAG